AUGGCUCCUUAUGAAGCACUAUACAGGAGGAAAUGCAGAACACCAUUGCGCUGGACAGAAUUGGGAGAAGAUAAAAUUGUGAGGCCAAAACUGGUGAAACAAACUGAGGAGAAGGUGAAAAUGAUCAGAGCUAGUUUGAAAGCUACCUCAGACAGACAAAAAUCAUAUGCAGACUUGAAGAGAAAAGAUAUAGAGCAUGAAAUUGGAGAGAAAGUGUUCCUCAAGCAUGCAACUCAUGGUCAUUCACAUGGUUCAGUUUUGAUUGAGAAUUCUGCUUCAUCUGAGCUUCUUCGCCAUCGAGUUAUUUCACAGGUUUUGGAGUUGGGUAUUGUGGUCCAUUCUGUGAUAAUAGGAAUAUCUUUAGGUGCUUCUGAAAGUCCAAAAACAAUAAGGCCUCUAAUAGCUGCCCUCACCUUUCAUCAGUUCUUUGAGGGUAUGGGACUUGGAGGAUGCAUUGCUCAGGCAAAAUUCAAGGGAAGAGUUGUUGCCUCUAUGUCACUUUUCUUCUCUCUUACAACCCCAGUUGGUAUUGCAAUCGGAAUUGGGAUAUCAAAUGUGUAUAAUGAGAAUAGUCCAACUGCUCUCAUUGUUGAAGGGAUUUUUAAUUCAGCUUCGGCCGGAAUUUUAAUUUACAUGGCAUUGGUGGAUCUUCUUGCCGCUGAUUUUAUGAAUCCUAAAGUACAGGGCAAUGGAAAACUCCAACUCGGAGUUAAUCUUUUUCUUCUGCUUGGUGCAGGCUUGAUGUCUCUCUUGGCCAAAUGGGCUUAAACUUUUUCUGUAUAUGUAAAAGAAAAGAAAAAAAGUUAUGCAUAUCGUAAUAUCUUAAUAACUCAGCCCUAAGACUCUGUAACGAGCAUUUUAUACAAUCUUCAGAAUUUAUUAUUCGCUUAAUUAA